UAUUCAUUAUUAUCAAAAAAUCACCCUCUUGCACUUGCCCUUCUACUUUCACAAUAUUUUACAAGACAAUUCCGGAAGAAAAACAAAUCACAAAGCAGCAUCAAGAAACCCAUAGCCAUCAUCAUCAUCAUCAUGCUGUCCGUGAAAGCUCAGAAACCAGAAACACACCCACCCCCACCACCACCACCCUUGAUUUCUUCUUCUUGCAUUAAUAACAACAACAACAACCAUGAUGAUUCUUCUACUAGGGUCUUCCGAUCCAAGUUGCCAGACUUGCCCUGCAUCCCAAACCACAUGCCUCUUCACUCCUACUGCUUCCAGAAUCUUUCCCGGUUCUCAGACCGACCCUGUCUUGUUGUCGGAUCCACCGGUACCACCUACUCUUAUUCCCAGACGCACCUUCUCUCUCGCAGAAUUGCCGCCGGGUUAUCCAGCCUCGGUGUUUCCAAGGGUGAUGUCAUCAUGCUCCUCCUACAAAACUGCGCCGAAUUCGCCUUAGCCUUCAUUGCAGCUUCCAUGAUUGGCGCUGUCACCACCGCUGCCAAUCCCUUUUGCACCGCUGGGGAGAUCUCCAAGCAGUUGACCUCCUCAAAGGCCAAGAUCAUAAUCACGCAGGCUCAGUACGUGGAGAAGCUUCGUCCCCAUUGCGUCCCAGUCAUCACCGUCGAUGACCCACCGGAGAAGUGCAUGCAUUUCUCUGUUCUCCUGCUUUGUCAAAAUAGUAUUCCCUCGGUCACAAUAGACCCGGACGACGCGGUGGCGUUGCCAUUCUCGUCUGGAACCACAGGACUGCCAAAAGGCGUGAUUCUAACGCACAAGAGCUUGAUUACCAGCGUGGCACAACAAGUAGACGGGGAGAACCCAAACCUAUAUCUGAAACAAGACGACGUGGUUCUAUGCGUGCUCCCUUUGUUCCAUAUAUACUCCCUUAACUCGGUGCUACUUUGUUCGCUCAGAGCUGGAGCCGCGGUGGUGCUGAUGCCCAAGUUUGAGAUACGAUCACUGCUGGAGCAUAUACAGAGGUAUAGGGUGACGGUGGCGGCGGUGGUGCCCCCCUUGGUGCUGGCUUUAGCCAAGAAUCCGAUGGUGGGGAGCUACGACUUAAGUUCGAUAAGGGUGGUGCUCUCCGGGGCGGCACCGCUUGGGAAGGAGCUGGAAGAUGGUCUCAGAAGUAGAGUCCCCCAGGCAAUUUUCGGUCAGGGAUAUGGGAUGACCGAAGCUGGGCCUGUGUUGUCAAUGAGUGCAGCCUUUGCUAAACAGCCUUUGCCCACCAAGUCGGGAUCUUGUGGGAGUGUGGUAAGGAAUGCUGAGCUCAAGGUCAUCGACCCCGACACCCAUCACUCUCUUGGAUAUAAUCAACCUGGUGAGAUAUGUAUCCGUGGGCCUCAGAUUAUGAAAGGAUACUUGAAUGACGCCAUGUCCACAGCUGCCACUAUAGAUGAACUAGGCUGGCUUCACACCGGUGAUAUUGGUUACGUAGACCAUGACGAUGAGGUUUUCAUUGUGGAUCGAGUCAAGGAGCUCAUCAAAUUCAAAGGUUUUCAGGUGCCACCGGCUGAGCUGGAGGCCCUUCUGGUUAGCCAUCCUUGUAUCGCAGACGCUGCUGUUGUCCCGCAAAAAGAUAUUGCUGCUGGGGAGGUUCCAGUUGCAUUCGUAGUAUUAGUGACUGGGAUGGAGAUCACCGAAGAAGAUGUCAAAGAUUACAUUGCCAAACAGAUGCAGGUGGUUUUCUACAAGAAACUGCACAAGGUGUACUUUGUGAGCUCCAUUCCCAAAUCUCCAUCAGGGAAGAUCCUAAGAAAAGACCUGAGAGCCAAACUCCCAUCUACAUGAUCACUGUUCGUGGUUUAUAUAUAUAAAUAUUUUCCAUUUACUUAUAAUUGUAUUAACAUGAAUUAUACAGCUACAGCUUAUUCUACAACCCCAGAGUAAUACAAAAUCAAAAUAGCACAUUUUCUAAUCAA